AUGCAACCGGCUAAUGAUUUCAGGCAUCUGAUGAACAAUGAAUUCAGUGGUGAAUUGCAUCCAAGCUUUAAGGAACUCAAGAACUUAACUUCUUUUGCUAUUCAUGAAAACAACUUCACUGGAACAAUACCCGAGUACAUAUCCAACUGGACGCAACUUCAGAUGCUGUCACUCAUGGGAAACAAUUUUAAAGAGCCUUUACCUGCUGCAAUUUCAACAUUAGAACACCUUUCUGUUCUGGAAAUUAGUGACUUAACUGCCAGCCCUCAAGGCAUUUCAUUCCCAAAUAUCUCAGGACUGACCAAUUUGCAAAGCUUGACGCUGAGGAAUUGCUCACUUGAUGGUCUAAUUCCUGAUUUUAUUUGGAACAUCUCGUCACUAUCAUAUUUGGACUUGAGCUUCAAUAGUUUGAUUGGUGAAAUUCCACCCGCCGUUAAUCUGUCGUCCCUGAAAUACAUAUUCCUGAAAAGAAAUAAGUUCAAUGGAUCACUCCCACGAUGGCUGACAUAUUACAAUCAUUUAUAUGUGCAACUUACUGAUGGCUGCACUUUAAAGGACUUGAGCUUCAAUAGUUUGAUUGGUGAAAUUCCACCCGCCGUUAAUCUGUCGUCCCUGAAAUACAUGUAA